GCCUUGGGUGGAGUUAGCGUGGCUAGGACUUGUGUGCUCGCUCUUCCCAUUUCCAGCACCUUUCUUCAUUUCCCCCGAGAGAGAGAGAGCUGCUGCAUCAAUUUGGUUUGCAUGGUGAUCCGUUUGUUCAGGUGGAACGCACUGGAAUCAUUGUUGGUAGAACCCAACGGUUGUCAUAAUUAGCCUCAGCACAGGCUCCAAAUCGACUUAAGCGUCUGGUUUGUUCUGAGAUUUAUUUUACGAAGGAUCUCUUUUUUGUUUUGUUUUAAGAAAUAAGCGGAAAGUAAUUUAUGAGUACAAGGUCAUCUCUGUCGUACACAAAUGAAGAGAGAAUUCUACUGGAGGGAAUGGCUGCCUCCUCAUCCUCAUCUUCAGCUGGUGGGGUCAGUGGAAGUUCUGUCACGGGAUCUGGUUUCAGUGUGUCAGACCUUGCCCCACCACGGAAAGCUCUGUUCACCUAUCCUAAAGGAGCCGGAGAGAUGUUAGAAGAUGGCUCUGAGAGGUUCCUCUGUGAAUCAGUGUUCAGUUAUCAAGUGGCAUCCACACUUAAACAGGUGAAACAUGAUCAGCAAGUUGCUCGGAUGGAAAAACUGGCUGGUUUGGUGGAAGAGCUGGAAGCUGAUGAGUGGCGGUUUAAACCCAUUGAGCAGCUGCUGGGGUUCACACCCUCUUCAAGCUGAUAUCACCUGCAUGGUCGCCCCUAGGGCACAGCCACCCAGCGAUGCACAGCUGUACUGUGAGCUGCAUGUCUGAAUUCACAUCCAUACUUGGUUCCUCUGUUUCUCUUAAUAGGCAACAAAUGCUCCUGUCAGAUGUUGCUGCAAUGUUUGUUACAUUCUCGUUCUCAAAAGUAUUGAGCAGCACUUGGGAGUUCCAGGACAUCCAGAGCUAUACAGAGAGAUCCUGUCUCAAAAAAAAUAUAGAUAGAUAGAUAGAUAGAUAGAUAGAUAGAUAGAUAGAUAGAUAGAUAGAUAGAUAGAUAGUUUUGGUGAUGAGAUGAAGACAGUCCUUUCAGGGAACCAAGAUUUAAGAGAUACUUAUACUCACAUGCCAGAGUCUGCCUACUGAAUGGCAUAUAGCCUGUCAUUCAUGGAGUAUCUGGAAGCUUUCACCAGUCCAGUCAGUCCAAGGUUAGGAUCUGCAGUUUCACCGUCACAGCCCAAACAUUUCUCUCUGAAAAUGAAUGUGAUUUUAGCUCAGGGUCUGUUCAGGGAGGGAAUUUUAAAGUUGUCUUUCCCCCUCUAGACAUUUAAAAUUGAAGAUUAUUUUUCUCAAUUCUUAUGACAUGCCAAGUGGUGCUGCUACUCUACCCCAUCCCUGUCCCCAAAACUUGCUUUUUGAAUGUUGCAGCACUUGAAAAAAUAAAGUGACCUAAAUCCUUUUAGACCCAGAGCCCUUAGUCCAACGCAUUGGGGUAUGAAAGCAAUUCUGUAGCAAAUAAAUCCUUACAAGAGUUCCAAA